AUGUUCCCAGGUGCAGUUUCGGCAUGUGACAAACAAGUCACCUUUACGCCUAUCCCUCAAGAACCUGGAUAUGCCAUGUUUUUGGCACCGGUCAUGCCCCAAGUCUCAAAAAUUCUUCCAAUUGAAGACGCUGAAAUGUAUAGAAUUAACAACGAUAGGAAGAACUGCUCGCUAGAAUCGAUAGGUGAUAUGCCAGAAGUAGGAUACAUAGAUUUCAAGGAUUGCCGGCAUUGCCACCAAGUAGCAGGUUUCAGUUGUUCCGCGUGCUGGACGUUCUAUUGUUCCAAGAACUGUCAAAGGCAAAAUUGGAGUACUCACCUUUUUAUAUGCCGAAUUCCAAACAGACCACAUGUGGCUGAUUAUCUGAGCCUAUCAAUCAAGAGAAUAAACAAAGCCAUGGUUUUCGGAGACGAAGAAUCCAUUUCCAAGUCAAUCUCGGAGCUGUUCGCCGAUGAUCUUCUCUGCUGCACGCUUGGUUUUAGCAAUUGCUCCAGUAUAACUGAGACAAAACUUCUCGUCCAACUUUACCAUAGUGUCAUAUCAAGUUGCCGGACACCAAUGAAAGAUUUGCAGGAAGCUUUGCAAGCUGGAGAUCUCAGGGGCUACUUGUGUCGUUUCUGCGAGGAAUAUAUUUCCAAAACGGCCCGAGGUACUCAGUCUUACUGCAUGUUUUGGUUUUUAGCCCUCGUGAAGAGACCCAAUUUUUCUAUACUAGACCCGAAGAACAUGGGAUAUGAGAUCUGGGAUGCAGCAAUCGCCCGUUCACUGAGCUUACUUGGUCUAAAAACAAGAUUGAAGGAAGGUGAAAAGCUUGACUUUGCCCAGAACCAAGUUUUCAACCUGUUUGUCAACAUUCAACCCUUUAUCGGCUGGCUGCCCGAUGUUUACUCAUCCAUAUGGAUGGAAUUUGGAUUUUGUUAUUGCAAAACAUACCGGCAGAGGAAAGAGCUAGCAGACAAGUACAUAGCUCUAGCUUCUUCCAAGGCCUCUUUUGAUGAUAUUGUCGCUGCGUAUAAAUCUUGGACCAUGGCGGAUUUGAUGACAGCGCAGGACAUCGAUCUUACCGACUUAAAAUCCCAGGGUAUUACACUGAGAAAGCCAUCUGUAUCGGAAGACACUGUCUUUCGUCUCAUGGCUGGAGUUGAACACGCUCUUUCCGGUCAAUACUGCAUGUGCUUUCGAAUGAAUCAGGGCAGAUCAUGCCACAGCGGCUUUGAAACACACCUGGAUCUUCAAUCUGACAUCUGCUAUGGCUUUCACCUGAGUAGUAGUUGGGAGAGAUGGCAGCUACUUAAUUUCUACAAGACGAUGUUCAAACUACCAGGCUUUGAUCCACGGGAAAUGGCCGAGACCAAAUAA